GGUUGAACCAUUUGGACCAGUUUCGGCUUGCUUUGGAAAGAGGAGGCUUGUGUGAGAAAACAUUCAGAAACGGGAAGAAAACGGAUGAAGUGGCAGCACCCAGACCGACAGUUAAAAAGUAGAGGAAGGAAAGUCAAAAUUUUUAGAAAACUCAUCCCUGAUUUCUAUCUGUAUCUGUGUGUCACCCCGACAGAGGACUGUCCGGUUGAGGGAAUAAGAGCCUGUGAGAUAGCUGAUCAGCUUCCCUGGAUUUCGCUGACAAUCCCUCUUUGUUGUGCCUGAAAAUGGAAACACUAGAGUCUGAGCUGACCUGCCCAAUCUGUCUGGAGCUUUUUGAGGACCCACUGCUGCUGCCCUGUGCUCACAGUCUUUGUUUCAACUGUGCCCAUCGAAUCCUGGUCUCCCAUUGCACCCCCAGCGAGCCUAUUCAGUCUAUCAGCGCCUUCCAGUGUCCAACUUGUCGCUAUGUCAUUACUCUUAACCAAAGAGGCCUAGAGGGACUCAAACGCAACGUGACCCUACAGAACAUCAUCGAUCGCUACCAGAAAGCCUCUCUAAGUGGACCCAACUCCCCUAACGAGACUCGUCGAGAGCGAGUGAUCCCAGAAGGCAAAGCCAUGACCUCCCCCACGGACCGUGUGCAGUGUCAGUUCUGUGAGCAGGACCCCCCGCAGGAUGCUGUGAAGACCUGCGUUACCUGCGAGGUAUCAUACUGCGAGGAGUGCCUCAAGGCCACCCACCCAAACAAGAAACCUUUCACAGGCCACAGGCUGAUUGAACCCUUGCUGGACACCCACCUCCGGGGGCUCAUGUGUUUGGAGCAUGAGGAUGAGAAGGUCAAUAUGUACUGUGUUACAGACGAACAGUUGAUCUGCUCCUUGUGCAAGCUUGUCGGCCGACAUCGAGACCACCAGGUGGCGGCCCUCAGUGACCGAUAUGACAAGCUCAAGAAAUCUCCUGGCCGCUUUCUCUGUGCGGGGAGUGAUCAAUCAUAUAAGGAGGCGGACCAGCAAGCACUGGACUCCAACCUCAGCAGUCUAAUCAAGAGGACCAGUGAAUUAGAAAGCUUGAUGGGAAAACUUAUUCAAACCUGCCAAAAUGUGGAGGUAAAUGCCUCACGGCAAGAAAACAAGCUACAGGAAGAGUGUGACCUACUGAUUAAUAUCAUACAGCAGCGAAGACAAAUCAUAGCAACAAAGAUAAAGGAGGGAAAGGCCAUGAGGCUGAGGAAGCUUGCUCAGCAGAUAGCAGGCUGUAAGCAGUGUGUCGAGAGAUCGUCGUCCCUCAUCACUCAGGCUGACCAAACCCUCAAGGAGAGCGACCAUGCCCGCUUCCUUCAGACAGCUAAAAGUAUCUGUGAGAGGGUCUCUAUGGCGACAGCAUCCUCUCAAAUACUGUUACCAGAAAUUAACCUGAAUGAUGCUUUUGAUACUUUUGCUUUGGACUUCACAAGGGAAAAGAAAAUGCUAGAGAGUUUAGAUUACCUUACAGCACCAAAUCCACCAGCAAUCCGUGAGGAACUAUGUACAGCUUCGUACGACACCAUAACAGUUCACUGGACAUCUGACGAUGAGUUUUCUGUUAUAUCAUAUGAACUACAGUACGCCAUCUUCACCAGCCAAUCUAAUGUUGUCAGUCUGUGUAACUCUGUUGAUAGUUGGAUGAUAGUACCAAACAUCAAGCAAAAUCAAUACACUGUGCACGGACUCCAGUGUGGCACCAACUACAUUUUCAUAGUGAAGGCCAUAAACCAGGCUGGAAGCCGCAGCAGCGCCCCAGGGAAACUCAAAACUAACAGUCAGCCAUUUAAACUGGAUCCAAAGUCGGCUCACCGGAAGCUAAGGGUAUCCCACGACAACCUUACAGUGGAGAGAGAUGAGACAUCAUCAAAAAAGAGCCACAGCCAGGAGCGCUUCUCCAGUCACAGCAGCUACGGGGUCACUGGGAAUGUCUACAUAGACAGUGGCCGCCAUUACUGGGAAGCUCUGAUUGGAGGCAGCACAUGGUUUGCCGUGGGGAUUGCUUACAAGUCUGCACCAAGACAUGAGUGGGUUGGCAAGAACUCUGCCUCCUGGGUACUCUCCCGCUGCAACAACUCAUGGGUGGUGCGUCACAACAGCAAGGAGAUCCCCAUCGAGCCUUCACCACACUUGCGGCGCCUGGGGAUACUGUUAGAUUACGAUUUAGGAACUUUCUCCUUCUAUGACGCCGUGGCCUCGCAGCACUUGUACACAUUUGACAUUGACUUUGUUCAGCCAGUCUGCCCAGUGUUCAAUGUUUGGAAUAAAUGUUUGACUGUCCUCAGUGGACUACCCAUCCCAGAUCAUUUAGAGAGCACAGACUUUAACCACUGAUCAAACAGUCCCUACUUGAUUGUUCUUAAUGACGACAAAGAUACGCUGCCUUGCAGAACUAUUCACACCCUUUGAACGUCCACAUUUUGUAAUGUUAUGACCACAAACCUCAAUAUAUUUAUUGGAAUUUUAUCUGAUAGACUCAAUAAACUGCAUAAUUGUGAACAUGAAGGAAAAUAAUGCAUGGUUUUCAAAUGUUUUUAUUCAUUUGUAUUCAUUCCCCUUAACUUAACACUUCUUAGAACCAUGUUCCUAUCAGCUUUGUACAUCUAGAGACUUUAUUAUUUUCCCAUUUUUUGCAAAAUAGCCCAAGCUUAGCCAGACAGGAAGGAGAGCAUUAGCGAACAUCAAUUUUCAAGUCUUGCCAUCGAAAAUCAAUUGGAUUUAGGUCUGGACUUUGACUGGGCCAUUCUAAUUAUUUAUGCAUUUAACCAAAACUUAUCAUUGUAGCUAUGACUGUAUGAAUAGGGUUGCUGCCCUGCUGGAAGGUGAACCUCUAGAGCCUCUAAUAGGUUUUCUUCCAGGAUUGCCCAGUAUUUGUCUCCAUCCAUCUUCCCAAUAAACUCUGACCAGCUUCUCUGUCCCUGCUUAAGAAAAACAUUCCCACAGCAUGAUGCUGUCACAUUCAUGUUUCUGACGACGUGCAGUUUUUCCUGCACACAUUCUGCAUGUAAGCCAGAAAGUUCAAUUUUAGUCUUAUAUGACCUGCACACCUGCUUCCACAUGUUUGCUGUGUGCAUAUGUUGUGGAAAACUUGAACUGGGAUAUCCUUCAGCUUUUAUUCACAAUGGUUUCUUCUUUAUAGUCUUUAAAUUUAAUUUCCCUUUGGGAUUAAUAAAGUAUUAUUUAAUUGAAUUGAAUUGAAUUGAAUUAAAGACAACAUUUGUGUGGUACAGAAGUAAUUCAGCAUAGACCCCAGAUUCUGAUUAGUCUAUCAAGCUGGGGAAAGAAAUUGCAGCCAAUAACAUGGUGGUGUCGAAAUGUUACAACAAUCUAUUUCUUGUUACUCAAUGACUGUAACAGAACAUGUUAAAGCUCUCCAAGAACAUUUCCUGCUACAUUAAAUAUUAAAUAGCAAAUAUAUUACUGGCAUUCCUAUAUAUUUUGCUAAUAUUUAUUACUAUCCUAGCAGAUUUGCAUUAUUAUUAUUAUUAACAAUAAAUUUGCGAUGAUAGUGUGGAGCCCUUGAUGGCAGGUACGCUUUCCAUUUUCAUAUGAUCGACUGAACAGUGCUCUGUGAGCUGUUUAAAGCUUGGAUAUUGUUUUAUAACCUAACCCUGCUUUAAACUUCACUACAGCUUUAUCGCUGACCUGUCAGAUUUGUUUCUUUAUCGUCAUGAUGCUGUUUGUUCACUAAUGUUCCAUAUCAUACUACUGAGGCCUUCGCAGGACAACUACAUAUAUACUGAAAUUGAAUCCCACACAGGAGGAUUUUAUUUACUAAGUGACUUCUGAAGGCAAUUAGUUAAACUGAAUUUUAUUUAGGGGUAUCAGAUAAAAGGGGCUGAAGGAUUUUCAUUUGGAAAAAAAUGGUAAACUAUGUGUAAUUUUCCUUCACAAUUGUGUACUUUGUGUUGGUCUAUCACUUACAAUCACAAAAAUAACACGUUUGAAAUUUGUGGUUGUAGCGUUGAAAAAGUGUGGAAAAGUUUAAAGUAUAAAUACUCUUAUGAGCUAUUGUAAAUGACCUACAUGAAUACAUGCAAAACGAAAUGGCAAAUAUGACUGAAUUAAGCCCAUGUUGAAAUUUAUCAGAAUCAGCUUUAUUUGCCAAGUUUGUGCACAAAAACAAGAUAUAUUGUUUUGGUUUCACUUGCUCUCAGUGAGGACAUCUGUUUUGUCAGAAAUAUUAAAAGGGGAAAAAAAAGAUUUUUGUAAAUAUGUAUAUAUAGUGGUUUUACAAAAAAGAAAGACAUGGUUGAAUUGUGCAAAUAUGCAUUGUAUAGAUCUCAGCACUCUGUUAAGUGUUUGUCAGAGAGACAGCCUACGGGAAAGAAACUGUCUCUGUGGUGGCUAUUUUUUGCAAUUGGUGCACUGUAGACCUGACCCAAAGGUAAAGGUCUAAACAGUUUAUUUGCAGGGUGUGUGGGAUCUGCAGAGAUGCUAGCUGUCCUUUUUCUAAUCCUAGACCUGUACAAGUCCUGGACGGAGGGAAGAUCAGCCCUGAUUAUUCUCUCUGCAGACCUAAUAGUUAGUUGUAGUUUGGACCUGUCCGCUUUUGUGGAUGAGCCAAACCACACCAUGAUGCAUGUGCACAAAACAGAUUGAAUAAUGGCAGUUUAGAAAAUGACCGGCAGCUCCUGUGGAAGGUUGUACCUCUUUAGUUGCCGCAGUAAGUACAGUUCCUGCUGGGCCUUCUUCUGAACAGUGUCUAUGUGCGAGAACCAUCUCAGGUCCCAAAAAAGCGUGGUUCCUAGGAACUGGAAGUGAUCCAUAACCACAGUGUGGUUGAGGAUGAUGAGGGGAAGCAGUGUGGAGGGUGUUAUCUGGAAAUCCAACAACAUCUCCACUGUCUUGAGCAGCUUAAGCUCCCGAUGGUACUGACUGCACCAGUGGACAUACUGAUCCACCUACUGUCUGUAUAUGACUCUUCACUGUCCUGGAUCAGUCCAAUGACAGUGAUGUCAUCUACAAACUUAAGGAGUUUCACAAAUGGGCCUGCUGAGUUGCAGUCAUUUGUGUACAGGGAGGAGUGGGGAGAGAACACACCCCUGGGGGGCACCGGGGCUGAUGGUUCUUGUGUGGGAGAAGAUGCUCUCCAGCCUUUCCCGAUACUGCCGGUCAGUCAGGAAGCUAGUGAUCCACUGACAGGUGGAGGCUCGCACUUUGAGCUGGGUGAGCUACUGGUUGAGGAUGUCUGGGUUGAUGGUGCUGAAGGCUGAGCUAAAGUCUAUAAACAGGAUUCUGGCGUACGACCCUGGGUGGUCGAGGUGGUGCAGGAUGAAGUGUAGACCCAAAAUUGAAUGCAUCAUCUGCCGACCUGUUUAUUGGAAUUAUUUAAGUCAAUUUCAGGCACUUGUAAAUACUUUUCUUUGCUUUGCACGAUACUUAGCAGGGUGAGUUUAGAAAUUAGUUUAAAAUCUGACAUUCAAGACAAUAUUUUUAAUGGGCUCAGGAGUAUUUUUUAUUGUUUUUAUUUUUAUUGCUUUGGGUUUUUUUUCAUUGAGGAUGUUGAUGGGCAUUUAUGCACAAACUACAAGAGACUUUAAACUGCCAGACUUUUUUAAGACAGAUUUUUUUUUAUUGCAGUUUAACUGAUUUGUAUUAAAUGCCAGCACUUUGAUAAGAAGGUCUUUACUAUGAAAUGCAUUUCUAAGUCACUACCAGACUAAAUGUUUUCACUUGUUCUUUUGUUUUAAGGGAAAACAUUUUUAAUCAGAAUAAAGCAGUUUCACUCACAAAGUUUGAUUCAAAAUGAAUUUAUUUGAAUAUUUAUUAUCCUUUGUUGCUUAGUACAAUUUAGAAUCUCCUCACCGCAGAAGCUUCAAUGCUUCAUUGCAGUUUUCACAUUUAGGUAUCCUUACAAAGGCGUAAUAAAAUCUUACUCCAUGUGA